AUGGAGGAUGAUAAUAAUGUAGAACAAGAUCUCAAAAACCUUCAAUUUCUUGGAAUCCGUGGAAUCCUCCAAGAAACCUUCAAACUAAUCCAUCAAUGGAGAAGAAUCUUCACCCACAUCACUCUCCUCUUCAUUCUCCCUCUCUCUCUCUUAGUCUUAGCCAAUUCUGGAAUUUCCAAUUUCUUCCUCCAAAAAAUCUCCCACGACCAACAAAUCUUAAACAACACACAAAAAUCGACCCCCGAAUUCCUUAAACUUCACGACCUCGUAUCCUCCGAAAGAAUCUUUCAUGCUCUCUCCACCCUCGCUUUCUUCGUCUCCUCCGCCGCGUUCUCCCUCCUCUCGACCUCCGCCAUCGUCUUCACCGUCGCCUCCGUCUAUGCAGCACGUGCCGUCUCGUUCAAGCACGUGACCGCCGCCGUCCCCAAGCUCUGGAGGCGGCUUCUCCUCACCUUCGUCUGCGUUCUCGCAGGCAUUUUCGCCUUCAACUUCGUGGCUCUUUCUGUUCUCUUUCUAGUACCGGUGGUCGCUGUUGUAAUCUACGGCCCAGACGACGGUAGCUUCAGCGCCGGAAUCGAAAUGAUUCUCUUCUUGUUCAUCAUGUUUUACUGCGCCGCGGCGUGGUAUUUGAUGUCAAUAUGGGGACUUUCAAGCGUUGUUUCAGCUUUGGAAUUAGAUUGUUGUGGGUUCAAAGCCAUGGCGAAAAGCAAGGCCCUGGUUGAAGGGAGGAUGAGGAUGGUGCUGAAGUUGUUGGCGCUGCUGAAUUUGCCCUUGGUAGUGGUUCAAUUUGUGUUUUACUAUCUUGUUGUGCAAUCGGCGACGACUGGGGCGGUGGGGAGGGGCAUUUUGGGGAUUGUUUGGGUGUUGUUGUUUUUGGUGUUGUAUUUGGUGAAGCUUGUGGCGGAAACUGUGUUGUAUUUCGUUUGCAAAUCGUACAACCAUGAGAGUGUUGACAAGUCGGCUCUGUCGGACCAUCUUCAAGGCUAUUUAAUGGCUGAAUAUGUUGAGUUGAAGGUUGAGGAUGAUGUUCAGCUUCAGAAAUUGCAAGUUGUUUGA